UAACCAAUACUGCAAUACUCUCAUGGAACAUAUUUCUUCACAAACAAGUGUUGAGACAUUCGACAACAAAUAUAGGUCCGAUAAUAACGGAAAAGAAAGUGAAAGUGAAAGCGAAUAUGAGAUAGAGCAUAUUAAUGAUGACAAUGAUAAUCAAGAUACUGAUGUUAGUGGAAGUGGAGGUGAUGGAGAAAAUGAAAAAAUAAAAGAAGACAUCACAUAUUCUUUGAUUGGAUUAGAAACAGAUAGUCCACGAAUGCGUAUCGGUAAUAUGUAUUUUAAGGGAGAGUACGAUGAAUCGAUUGGAACUGAUCUC